CACGCGUUCCCACCAGCGGUCCGUCUCCCGCCCUGGUUGUGGUAGCGGCGCGAAACGUCGGACCACCACCACCACCACACGAGUCAAUAGCUUUGUGUGUCACCUCCUCGCCACGACGGAGUAGAGAGCUCAAGACCACCCACACAGACGUCUACGGAGCGAACCACGAGCGGCGGCGUCUGCGCUGGAAGCGUUUCGGGGCGGCGGACAUGGAGCAGCAGUACGAGGCGGUGGCCGAGUUGGGCGCUGGGGUCUACGGGGCCGCGACGACUUUCAAGGCUCGCGACCUCCGGGACCAGGGCCGCUUUGUGGCGCUGCUCAAGGGCCUGCGCCUGCAGACAGGCGGGGGCCCGGAGGAAGAUGCCUGGCAGCUGCUGCAGCUACAGCUGCUCACGAAGCUGGAGCACCCCAACGUGGUGAGGCUGCUGGACGUCUUUGUGGAUAUUCGUGACGAGGGCGGCGCGCGUCACGCCGUGGUCUGUGAGCUCGUAGACCAGGAUCUGUCCACCUACCUGGGGAAGUCGCCCCACACACCGUCCCACCACAUCAAGGAGGUGACGCGCCAGCUGCUGUGUGGGCUGCGCUACCUGCACGGCCACGGCCUGGAGCACCGCGAGCUCACGCCACGCAGCGUCCUGGUGACGGCCUCCGGGUGCGUCAAGAUCGCCGGCUGGGGACUCGGACGCUUCCUGGACAGCGCGAGCAGGGCUCCCACCCCGGCGGUGUCCCCGUCGUGGUACCGCGCCCCGGAGCUGCUGCUGCUGCGGGCGACCUUCGGCCCGGCCGCCGACCUGUGGAGCGUCGGCUGCAUCUUUGCUGAGAUGUUUACACGCAGGCCUCUCUUCCCCGGAGGCUCCGAUGUCGAUCAGCUGACGGAGAUAUUCCGUCUUCUGGGCGUGCCGAGCCUGGAGGAGUGGCCGCUCGGAGCCUCCCUGCCGCACGGCGCUUUUGCCGGCCUCCCCGCUGCUCCGCGGGCUCUGGCUGACUCCGUGCCGGAGGUCGGGCCGGAGGUCGGGCCGGACAACGAGAAUUUGGCGAUGGCGCUGAUGCUGGACCUGCUGACCUUCAGCCCCCGCAAGCGCAUCUCCGCGUCUGUCGCCCUGUACCAUCCGUACUUCUCUGAGGCCACAGACGUGGCCACGGGCGAGAGUACGGCCACAAGCGAGGGUGCGGCCACGGGCGAGGGCGAGGCCUAAGGAGUGGGCCCCGGGGCGAGGCCUAAGGAGUAGGCCCCGGGGCAAGGCCUAAGGAGUGGGCCCCGGGGCGAGGCCUAAGGAGUAGGCCCCGGGGCAAGGCCUAAGGAGUGGGCCCCGGGCAGCAAGGCCGAGGGAGUUUGCGUCGUUUUUCGUUGGUCGCUUGUGUUGCGCCCGAAACGUUGCGAUUUGAUUUGUUUUAAUGUUUCACCGACGUGACUUCACCGAAUAAAACCAAGGAGUAAUAAAAGUGAACUCUG